AUGGCGUCAACGUCGCAGCAUGACUAUGAAUCGGAAGUCCGAUCCUGGGGAUUUGGACAUGUCUUUACCUGGACUGAUAGGCCAAACGCCCAUUAUCCCCCACACUCUCACAAUGGCCUCACGACCCAUUUGAUACUCAAAGGCCAACUUACCAUUACCCAUCCGCAAGAUAAAGAUGCCGAAAAGAAAACCUAUGGUGUUGGCGACCGAAUUGACGUUGAUGCAGGGCGGACACAUGAGGUUUGGAUUGGUCCCGAAGGCUGUACAUAUGUGAUAGGGGAAUGA